GUACAUCAUUAGUACAUCAUUGUACACGUAGUAAUUUUGUCGGCAGCCUCCUUCAUAAUUAGUAAUCAUCAUUUUAAUUUUGCUCAUGAAGUGCAAAGCGGUUUCUGUGUAAGAAAAUCAGAAAAUCGUUUGUAGGUCACGAAUAUAAAUUCGUGAAUACCCCCCCUUCAUUUGUGAGUACCCCCCCAAUUUGGACAAACGGACACCAAGUGCGCCACUCCAGUGAGUGUACCUUGUUCUCUCAUUGGAGGAGGCCCGGUGUGAGCGCCCGCCAUUGGUCUUUACGGAGGAAUAACUGAUUUCCAUUUUGUUGGAAAUAAAAUUUGUUCGGAAAAAUCAGUGAUCAGUGCCCUUCAUCAGCGCUAUUUUGCUGUUUGCCAAGAAGAGGGUCAUCAGUAUCAUUGAGAGAGGAAUAACCAGUGAAGAAAUGUCGCACCAGACGGGAAUUAAGGCCAAUGAUCCCUUGAAGAAGCUCUUCGCCAAGUGUCGGGAUGGAAAAAUACGGAUUCUCAAGGUAUCCAUCGAGAACGAGGAACUAGUUCCGGCCUCGUCGUCAAAGCCAAUCGGCAAAUGGCAGGACGACUACUGUCGUCUGGUGAAGCCUCUCAUCGAGGAGAACCAGCCGGCGUACAUCCUCUAUCGCCUGGAUACAAAGUCUCCGGACUCGGGCUACGACUGGCUGUUCAUAUCCUGGUCCCCAGACACUGCCCCAAUCCGCCAGAAGAUGCUCUAUGCCUCGACGAAGGCAACCCUGAAACAAGAGUUCGGCACAGCUUCUAUCAAGGAUGAGUUGCAUGGAACUGUUCCUGACGAUGUCACCCUCGAUGGCUACAACAGACACAAGAAGAACGACGCUGCACCGGCUCCCCUGACGUCCGCCGAGGAAGAGCUCGUCGAGCUCAAGAAAACAGCCAUUCACACCGACUACAACGUCGAAACAAGACAUCAGACGCUCAGUGGAGUCGCUUUUCCAGUGACUGACGAGGCAAAACAGGCGAUCACUGAGAUGGGAAAAGGCCUACACGAAUAUGUACAAUUGAAAAUUGAUCUUGACGAGGAGAAAAUACAUCUGGUGAUGGCUUGUGAUGUUUCACUCGAUAAAUUGCCUACGAAGGUGCCAGCCGAUGCCGCCAGAUAUCAUCUCUAUAAUUUCAAGCACACGCAUGAGGGAGAUUACAUGGAGUGCAUAGUAUUUAUCUACAGCAUGCCCGGGUACAGUUGCAGCAUCAAAGAGAGAAUGCUGUACUCCUCCUGCAAAGCCCCACUCCUCGAUCUCAUUCAAUCCCUGGGUGUGAACAUAACUAAAAAGUUGGAGGUAAAUAGCGGAGACGAGUUAGCUGACAUGCUGGAGGAUCCCCCUGUUAAAGACUCCACUGGAAACACAACCCCUAUGACCCCAUCGACACCCUCCGCACCUCCCAACGUUAUGUCUGAGAAAAAAUCAAAGCAAAAACGCUCCUGCGUUUUGAGUUAACAGGUUUAUUAUUUUAAUGGCCUCAUUACAUUGGUUAUUGCCAUGGCUAUCGACUUAUCUCAGUGAUUCGUUGAUCAGUGUACGAUAUAAACGUUGAAUAAUAUUUUUUGGAACUAGUGUUUUAUCGAUAUUCAAAUAUGGACCAGAUGUGGACUAGAUCGUUCCAGGUUAUUUACAAUGAGAGGAAAAACGAGCAAAAUAAUUAAUGAUUUUUGACCAAAUUAGUUUUUUUCUUAUGAACAUUUUAUAAAUAUUGUGGACAAAGAGCCGAAUUUUUUUCAGGAAUUUUUCCCUGAAAAAUUCCGGGAAAAAAUUGGAAUAGGGGGGGAUGAGCUUUUCAUUUAUUCAAUAAACAAUCGCGAAUGAAUAAUUUCUCGGGUCAUCAAGGGCUCGAUCUUAUAUCGUUUAUUCUCUCAGUAAAUAGUCAAUGGAGGGAAAGUAAUUUAUCGAUGCUAGUAGGAUCGCUAGUUGUAUGAGCACAAAAAACAACAAGAGUAUAAAGUAAAACGUGAUAUGUAUACCUGCAUAGUAAGAGUAGUAACGGUGUAUUUUUCUAAAUUAACCGUGAGGAACAAUGAAAUACGAUGCAAUGCAAACGAUAUUUUUGGUAUUAUUGGGGAAAAUCAGCUUUCGGUAUAGAACAAUCUGUGGUAAAAAUAUUAUUCCAGUACAGUUAAUUAAUUUAGGGGAUUAUUAUUUUUCAAUAGGGUAUAUUGACGAGUUGUUAGAGGUUUAAAAUGAGAUUACGUGUUAGGAUGGUUUCAGCGUCGAUUUUUUCCCCUCUUUUCAGGGUCAAGCCUUCAGCCUUCAGCAUAAUUUGUAUUUUUUUAUUCCACGUCAUUUAAUCCUGAAAUAUCGACUUCGAACAUUAAUUCUGAGUAGACAAUCCUAUUAAAUGAACUUAAAAAAUGGGAUUACAGAGCAUAAAAUAUUAUAUAAAUAUUUAAGUUGAGAAAAAAUUGACAAUAUAUCAAUUUUUUUUUUCAGGAUUAAAUGACACUCUAUUUUAAUCAAUUAUUUAGUAUCUCUGAAAUUUCCUCGUGUUUAGGUUUUUAGAUCUGUGUUUUAUUCAUUUUUUUAAAUCAGUGUUAUCUGUCGCUCAAAUUAACAAAACCCAUUGUGAUUAAUAUUAAUUAUCUGGUUCUUUGAGUCGUGAACUUUAGACGAAGAUCUCUGACAAUUUUCACCAGAGUCAGGUGAUUAAAAAAAGUUCCGUAAUUUACUGUUCUAACGAAAUUAGGUCUCCUAGUCGUAUAAAGGUGAUAUGUACAUGUAAGCAUGUCGGAUUAAUUCUCUCGGUUGAGGUAAUGAGAGUCUGGAAGGCUUGCCUGGUAAAAUACAACUCAAAAGCAUUUGAAAAUUUUUGAUUAUAUUGGAAAAUUAUAUCGUUAUGUAAUGUGAUGAUGAAAAUGGGGUGUCAGUAUAUUUCGGUGGUGAGAGGUGCCACGAUGUGAUUAAUAGAGAGUUAGGGCAGUUAUUCCAGUAGGAUUUAGUUUAAUGAUGCCAUUCGCCUAGCUUCUCGACGUGGAGAGCAAUUAUUUUUGAAAAAUCUGGUGUUAGUACGAGAGUCGUGAGAUGUCUCAUUUUUUUUUCACGUCAAAAAAUUGAUAAAUCGUGAGGAAAUGUCGAAGAGAGUAUGUCAAAAUUAAUUUUUCUAUUUCUGGUGCAAUAGAGAUUUUUUAAAUGAAAAAUAUCGGGGAUUCCCCUGAUUUUUUUCUAAAUUUCUCAUCUCGAAUCUGGAAUUUUUGGACUUCUCUUCGUCUGCUAGCAUUAGAAAUUUUUUGAAAAAUUCCUCUCCGUGUGUUAUACGUAUUUCAAGGAUUAUUAUGGUAGGUUAUUGAUCUGUGACAGCCAAUGCGCAAACUGCUAUUUUUUUAAUCAAUUUUUCUUGUUUCGAAGAGUUAUUCUUUUUUAUGGUGGCUAACCCCGCGCAAUCAGCUACGCUUUUUAUUCAUUUUUGAAUUUUGACGCACAUUAGGGGAUUUAUUGCUAAGUAAACUGCUGAGGAUUUGGGAAAGACAUUUAAUUCUUUGGGAUUCAAGGAGAAAUCAAAAUCAAAUGAUACCAAGAACAGAGCUUCAUUUUGGAUCAUGAACGAUAUUUUUUUAAUUUCCUCCCAAAAUUAUCACCAGCAUAUCAUAAAAAUUUUGAAAAUAAAAUUAAUUCUCCUACUUGAAGACUGAUUGGUGAGUCUCAUCACAAUUCAAUUUUAAUGAAAUGUUUUCUCCCCACCCUUGCGUUAUUCGAUUGAAUUAACACAGCAUAUCCUGAAUAAAUUGAACAAUUACAAAAUGACAUAGACAAUAGUGAAAUUAGUGAUUAAAUUUAGUCAGGAUUGGGAUGAUUCUUGAAAAGGCAUUCUAUUUUUUGUGACGUAUAUUUUUUUAGUCGCGUGAAUUUUUUACGAAUAAAAAACCUUAUCGGAAUAAAUUUUAUGAGUCGUCAUAAACAAUUAAUACAAAUGUCUGAAUUAUCGGUGAUAAUUAACGUUUUCGAUUGAUCUAAAAAUGCUGCCAAUAUGAAAUGGCCUCGUGAUUUAAUUGGCAAUGCUCAAAAGCCAGACAAAAUGACUCAAUCGAUUGUGUUCUCUUGAUUAACAAUAAUAAACAAUAAUCCAUUGACGCACAUAACUCGGUGCAUGAACACAUUAUUUUAAACACAUUGUAAUCAUCAUCGGCCUAUUCUGUAAGUUUUUGUUUAAUUUUCAUUAAAAAAAUUCAAUUACCAAAUCCCAAAAUCAUGAAAUUUUUAUCGUUUAUAAAGAUGGAGAUGAAUCAUUGUUAUUCGUAUAUGUUCGAUAAUUUGCGAAAUGAUUAAAAAAUUGUAAAUCUUGCCAAUAUUAACUACGCUAUGUGUAUAAUAAAACGAUUAUGCAAUUCA